UGUCUCGUGCCCGGAAAGGUUCUCGCGAGAAAAAAAAACGAGAUGAGGCCCUUCCGUUUUAUAUCGCGAUUUCAACCCUUUCGUCCUUCUCGCCACCCACUCUUCUCUCAUUCCCAACCUCCAAACCCUAGUCCUCUCCAUCGCCUCCCCGUCGUCGUCGGAGCCCCUGCUCUCCGUCGCUGCCUGACGGCCAUGGCCGGUGCUGCGGAGCUUUUUGUCAAGGGAACUGUCUUCCCUAAUGGCGUCGCCGUCAUCACCCUCGAUCGCCCCAAAGCCCUUAACGCCAUGAAUUUAGAUAUGGAUAUUCGGUACAAGAGUUAUCUCGAUGAAUGGGAGAAUAAUCCUGGUGUUAAAUGUGUUAUGGUGGAGGGCAGCUCCUCCCGUGCAUUUUCAGCUGGAAUGGACAUUAAAGGUGUUGCAGCUGAAAUUCAGAAAGAUAAAAAUACGCCACUAGUACCAAAGGUUUUUGCAGCAGAGUAUUCUCUUAUAUGCAAGAUUUCUGAGUAUAAGAAGCCUUAUAUUAGCUUCAUGGAUGGUGUGACUAUGGGGUUUGGCAUUGGGCUUUCUGGUCAUGGUCGUUAUCGAAUUGUCACAGAGAGGACUCUUCUCGCCAUGCCAGAAAAUGGAAUUGGGUUGUUUCCAGAUGUUGGUUUUGCUUAUAUAGCUGCGCAGAGUCCAGGAGGAGGGGCAGUAGGUGCAUAUCUUGCAAUGACUGGAAAAAGAAUCUCUUCUCCCGCUGAUGCUUUAUAUGUGGGCCUUGGAACUCAUUUUGUGCCAUCUGGAAAUUUGGCUUCCGUAAAGGAGACUUUACUAGCCCUCAACUUUUCAGAAGACUCUCACAAGGACAUAGAUACAUUAUUGGCGAGCUUCGCAAAGGAACCUGAGUAUGAGGCACCUCUGAGGCCACUCUUGCCUUAUAUAAUCUCGUCUUUUGGUGAGCAUAGAUCGGUCCCUGAAAUAGUAGAAGACUUGAAGAAACAUCAACUAAGUACUGAUGCUAGAGUGGCAGAGUGGGCUGGUGAGGCUCUAGCAGGACUUGAAAAAGGUGCACCCUUUGCACUGAGUGUCACUGAUAAGCAUUUCUCUCAAGUUGCAUCUGCACAUGGAAAUGAUCAUCAUUUGUCAAAACUAGUUGGUGUGAUGAAGACUGAAUACCGAAUUGCCUUGAGGACAUCUCUUAGAGGUGAUUUCAUUGAAGGUGUUCGAGCUGUCUUGGUGGACAAGGACCAGAAUCCAAAAUGGUAUCCCCCAAGAUUGGAGGAUGUUGACAUGGCUGAUAUUGAAUCAGUUUUCGACCCUUUACCGACUGAAAUGGAAUUGGAUGUAUGACAAUCACAAACUGAAGGGGAACUUUUCAUUGCUGAAUGCUACGUCUCCAAGAACAAAAGUCGGAUUUUCUGCAUCCUCAGAGUUGAGGUAUAUAAUUCAAUUUUAUGAAAAUACGAGGAAGUAAAGCCUACUCUGGGUAAAUAAAACCAUUCAUAUUAGGUCGUCGAAGUGGAUCAUCAUCUGA